AUUUUCCCAGUUGACGGUGUUAAACGAUCUGUACAAUAUGAGGCAACAGAAAAUGGUGGUAAACAAGGAUUUACAAUAUGAACGAAGUAGGUGUACGUUUGAUCCUGUGGAAAUUACCUAUUUUCUCGAUGGUAGUCCAGAAAAAACGAAGCAACGUCGUGAUCAAGAACAAUUUUUUUCGGAUGUUCUGACGUUAAAAGAAAAUAUGUCCAAGGACUAUAAGAGCCAUAAAGAAGUAUAUGAAGAUUCUCUACGAAUUCUCCGUGACGUUUUUUCUAAAAUUAAAAAAUUACAACUCUCGAGAAUGGAGGAAUUUGUGUUAGCUCAGAAAAUCUUUCCGGGAAGACUUGGACCUGCACUAUUUCAAGAUGGAAAUCCAAUCCUCCUGCAUUAUGCUAUGUUUCUACCCUCUAUUCUGGGACAGGCAAAUCCUGAACAGCAAGCAUAUUGGCUAAACAGACUUUGGCCCGGCAAUGUUAUAGGAACAUAUGCUCAGACCGAACUAGGCCAUGGAACGUUUCUCAGGGGUUUGGAAACUACUGCAACGUACGAUCCGGAAACGAAAGAGUUUGUUUUGAAUAGUCCAACUUUGACAUCCUACAAAUGGUGGCCAGGCGGACUGGGUCACACUGCAAACCAUGCAAUAGUCGUUGCGCAAUUAUACACCCAGGGAGAAUGUAGGGGAGUUCAUCUUUUCGUUGUACAAUUAAGAGACGUGGAGACACAUGAACCUUUAAAAGGCAUUAUAAUUGGAGAAAUUGGUACAAAAUUGGGGAUGAAUGGCGUUAACAAUGGGUUUCUGGGAUUUCGUAACUUUAGGAUACCACGGGAGAAUAUGUUGAUGAAGAAUUCCAAGGUACUAGAAGAUGGAACAUACGUAAAAUCUACAAAUGAUAAGUUAACGUAUGGUGCAAUGGUGUUCGUUCGAGUAAAUUUGCUGUACGAACUCUUACACUAUUUAACGAAGGCUGUUACUAUUGCGGUUCGAUACAGCGUAGUAAGACGUCAGGGUCAAAUAAAUCCGGACCAACCAGAGGUGCAGAUUCUCGAUUACGUAACGCAACAAUACAAAAUCUUCCCUCAUAUUGCCACAUGUUUCGCAAUAAAAGUUACUGCCAGUUGGGUUUGGGAUAUGUAUAAUACGGUACAAAGUGAAUUGCACCAGGCUGAUUAUGAAAAACUACCGGAGUUGCAUUCUUUGUCAUGUUGCCUAAAAGCGGUUGUAUCUGCAGAUACAGCAGCUGGAAUAGAGCAGCUUCGGUUAUCUUGUGGUGGACAUGGAUACAUGACUGCCAGCAAUCUGCCAACACUUUACGGAUUGGCCACCGCAGUCUGUACUUACGAAGGGGAAAAUACAGUCCUACUUUUGCAAACAGCUAGGUACCUCGUAAAAUCAUGGAUACGAACUAUGAUUGGUGAAUCAUUGCCAGAAUCUGUAGAGUAUCUUAACGAAGUAGCAAAAGGAGUAAAACAUCGUCGUUGGAGUAACGAUUUGGAAUGUCUGAUUGAUGCGUAUAAAGCAGUAGCCGCAGGAUCUAUUCGUUUAGCAGCAGAACAUUUGAAUCGCAGGAUACGUGAUGGAGUUACGUUGGAGGAAGCGUGGAACCAAACGAGUAUCGAACUAGCUCAGUGUGCGGAAGCUCACGCUCGAGUCUUUAUUGUAAAAACAUUUGCAAAAUCUAUUAAACAGUUAAACUCGAAGUCUGAAGAAUUUCGUCAAGUAAUGUUUCAACUCUGUGAGCUGUAUAUCGUAUAUUGGGCUUUGAAGAACGUUGGCAAUUUUCUUCGGUUUUCUUCUAUGCAGAAAGAGCAUGUUCCGACACUCCAUUCACGCUUGGAAUAUUUGCUGAUGACAAUCCGUCGAAAUGCUGUAGGAAUCGUUGACGGUUUCGAUUUCGAUGAUCGCAUUCUUUGCUCGGCUUUGGGUGCUUAUGAUGGUAACGUUUACGAACGAUUAUUCCAAGAAGCCAUGAAGAGUCCUCUGAACCGUGAAACUGUGAACAUGUCUUUUAAAAAAUAUAUACAGCCAUUCGUUAAGAGUAAUUUAUAGUGUAAUCUUUCCACAUUUAAAAAAAAAUUUUAAGUCGUAGUUGUCUACUACAAUUAAUAGAAUACAAUUGUAACAUUAUAUCAUAUUAGCAAUAUGGAAAGAAUGUGUACGUGUUCAUUUGCUCAUUUUGCUGAGAGUUAGUAUUUAACAAAAAAGAGAAGGAACAAACGUAGUUUUGUAAUAUUCUUAUGGACUCUCAUUGUAGAUAUUUAAUUUAUAUAAUGGACCAUCGCUGUAAUAAUUUCGAAUGCACGUUUGAUAGUAUUUUAUUUUGAAGAAAAACGUUUUAGAAUUGUGUGAUCAUUCUGGGAUAAAAUGUUUUAAAUAUGUUGUGAAAAAUGACAUGUUCCAUGCAGCUUUUGUAAUUAGCAAAGUGAUAUUUUCAAGUACACAAGUGUCUAUCUUUCCUGUUAAACCUGUAACGCAUCAAAGAAAAUUACAUUUUAAAAUUGAAAGGUU